GUCCAAGACAGAGAACAUACUGCAAAAAACAUACUCAAGGUUGUCAUGGUGAUGAAGGUGUUGUCAGAGUCCUCCUGCUCCCGGCUCCUCCUUGUGUUGUUCUGUCUGACAGGAUGUGCCAUGGGCCUCAGGAUACACCUAGGCAGCUGCACUGUCAGUGCACACACACACGAACUACGCAAACACUACUCUGAGAUACGGGCAAGCGUGAUUGCAGAAGACAGUAACAUGGACAUGAGAUUACUGAGAGGAGCAGUGAUGAAGAAUAUGCAGGAGGGGGAGACAUGCUGUUUCCUGAGUCUGCUGCUGCGCUUCUACGUGGAGAGAGUGUUCACCAGCCACGCCUCCUCUCAUCCCCAGGACCGCAGUACCAUCAGUGCACUCGCCAACGCCUUCAUCACCAUUAAGAGAGACCUCAAACUGUGUCACUGCCACUGUGGAGAGAAUACCAGAGGCAGGCUGGACUCCCUACAUACUGACUUUGGGAAGCUGGGAGUGCAGCAGGCAGCACUGAAGGCUGUGGGCGAGCUGGACUCUGUCCUGGAGUGGCUGGAGGGUCUUGGUCCUCAUACACACACACACCCUUCAUCGCCAUGACACAGAGAGAUAGAUCAGGCCUGAGAAUGGACUUAGCGAAAGAAUAUAUUAUCAAUUAUUAACAUUUUAUUUAUUUAAUUUGAUAUUUAUUGUUCUCUGAACAUUUAAUGUAUGUACAAUGUCUUCUGUGGAAAAACAUAGGGACAUUUAAAG